AUGUCAUCAGAAGCUCCAAAAAGACAAUUCGGUGGUAGAAGAAGAGGAGGCCCAAGAAGAGGAAGAAGAGAAGAAGAAAAGGGAUGGACUCCAGUUACCAAAUUGGGUAGAUUGAUGAAGGCAGGUAAGAUCACCAGCGUUGAAGAGAUCUACUUGCACUCAUUGCCAGUUAAGGAAUUCCAAAUCAUUGAUUUGUUGUUGCCAGAAUUGAAGGACGAAGUCAUGAAGAUUAGAUCAGUCCAAAAACAAACCAGAGCUGGUCAAAGAACCAGAAUGAAGGCUGUUGUUGUCAUUGGUGACUCCAACGGUCAUGUCGGUUUGGGUAUCAAGACCGCCAAGGAAGUUGCUUCUGCUAUCAAGGCUGCUAUUGUCAUUGCUAAAUUGUCAAUCAUUCCAAUCAGAAGAGGUUACUGGGGUUCUAACUUGGGUCAACCACACUCUUUGCCAUGUAAAGUUACUGGUAAAUGUGGUUCCGUCACUGUCAGAUUGAUCCCAGCCCCAAGAGGUAAAGGUAUUGUCGCUUCUCCAGCUGUUAAGAAGUUGUUGCAAUUGGCCGGUGUUGAAGAUGUCUAUACCCAAUCCAAUGGUUCCACCAGAACUACUGAAAAUACCUUGAAGGCUACUUUCGUUGCCAUCGGUAACACUUACGGUUUCUUGACUCCUAACUUGUGGAAGGAAACUCCAUUGGUUGCAUCUCCAUUGGAAGUUUACGCUGAAGAAGCCGCUGCUGGUAAAAAGAGAUACUAA